AUGUCACAACAUCAAGACACAUCUGCUUCUAAAAAUACUAAGUCUACUCAAAAGGUUAGUGCUCCUCCCAUGGGCAUUCCCGAUGAUGAGAUUCUGGAUGUUGUUCCUCUCUCUGUUAUUCCAUGCAAGGCCAUUGAUUUGAACCAACCUAUUGAUGCCUCAGCUUCUGCAUGCUCCAAUCAAGGUAACUCCUCUAGUAUUCCCUCUGGUUCAACUCCUACCACUAAUUCUAAGGAAGAUAUACAUUACACUGAUCAUGUUAUAAGAAACCUAGUCACUAGAAUCCUUAAUGAAGGACACUAUAUGAAGGGAGUUUCUACUCCCCUUUGUCAAAUGCACCCCUCUCCUGAGGUUGAACAACAUAGUGGUAAGGAUGACGAUUCCUCCAGUUUUGAGAAGGACUUGGCUGCUGAAGGGUUGUGCUCUCUAGGGAAAACCGUGUCUGAAAAAGGAAAAUCUGUGGCAUCUAAAACUGCCAAUGCUUCCCACUCUGAGAAGCAUGAUAUGAUUGAUCUAGAGGAUGGUAGCUCUAAUGAUCAAGAGGAAAGCUUACUUCAUCACCUAAAGCCAAGUGUGGCUAAACGCAUGAAGACUCGCAAAGGAAGAUCUGUGGCUGAACUUAUGUCAUCUAGAAAAGCUAAGAAGAAUGCUAGUAUUGGUCCCUCCAAAUCUUGGAGCAAGGUUGAAGUAAAGAAGAGGAAGGUUAGAGAUGAUUCUGAGUCUGAAGAGGAUGUUAAGGAAGAUGUCCCUGACAUCUCACUUGUGAAGAAAACCACUGCUAGGAAGUCUCCUGUUAAAGUUCCUGCUGUUCAUUUGGAUAACAUCUCUUUCCAUCUUGAGCAUGAAGCUGCCAAGUGGAAAUUUGUGAUUCAAAGAAGGGUGGCUGUGGAAAGGGAGUUGGGAAAAGAUGCUGCUGAUGUCAAGGAGGUCAUGGACCUGAUAAAGGUUGUUGGGUUGUUGAAGACUGUGGCUGGAUUCUCUCAAUGUGAAUUAGAAGUUACAAACAAUAAGGUCUGUAGAGAGAUUACAGCUAGGCAGGUGAAAGGUUGGCCUGUUAAAAAGCAUCUUCCUGCUGGGAAGUUGACUGUCAAGUAUGCUAUCUUGCAUAAAAUAGGAGCUGCGAAUUGGGUCCCUACUAACCAUAUUUCCACUAUUGCUAAUACCCUUGGGAGCCAUGUCGAGGAUAUUGUCAUGACAUCUGCCAUGAAAAAGCCAGCCUCAAAAGUUGGAACAAUUGUUGAGCUUAAGGAGACUUGCAAAGAGCUGGGUGAAGGGAUAAGGGUAGCAACCGCUAGAAAACAAUCGUUGGAAGCCUUGAUUGCAAGCUUGGAGCAGGCUGAAGGUGAAAAUAUUGUAAAUGUUAAUGUCAGCCAUGAAGAAGAAGCUGAAGCCCACACGUCUAGUGAGAGGUCUGCUAACAACGAUGACAUAAGUGGCAAUUCUGUUUCUGGUGCUGAUGAAGAUGCAAGCUCAAGCUCCACUAAGUAG